AUGAUGGUCCCAAGAACUUUUCUCUUUACAUCAGCACCGCCGCAUAAGGCCAUGCAGCCUUAUGGGUUGGGCCAGGCGCCGGACUCGCCUGGGAUUCAUCUCCCCAGUCCGGGGAAUACCUCGCCAGUGUUGAUCCCUCCAAGGCGUAGCUCGCGCACUGCAGCGGUACAUCGAAGCAGCCGGCCCCGGAUACCAUCCAAAACCUCUGAUUCCUCGCACCGGUCAUCCUCCAGCUCGUCCAACGACCGCCCCAUACCUACAUCAUUCACAUCGAUGCUGGAUGCGACAGCCAUCCCAGUACCACGCAAGACGUGGACUGCUCGACGAUCUCGAAAGCUUCCUCGAGGAAACCAUGUGAAAGACUUUAGCCGCAUGCUACAGGAAGGAGUCCAGUCGAAAGAAGAUCAUCUGAUGGAAGGAUCUGGAAAUACUGCCCUAGACAUCCUACUCAGUCCACCGGAUGAGGAGGAUGGGAAUUUCUCGACAGAAAACGAUUCGGAAAUGGAGUCCCCGUUUUCUCUUCGAUCAGAAUCGAGCGACUCGACGCCGUCGCUGGAGCAUGAUGAUCAGGAAUCGCCAUACAGCCUGUCAUUGCCCUUGACUCCCACGAGCCAGAGAAGUCCAUCAGAGCGGCGACAACCACGGUACUCGCACUCGGAAGACUGUGCUCUCGACCAUCCCCUGCUCCAUACCGAUGUCGAUGAACCUGAGCUAGCAGAUAUCAUCGACCACGGUGAGCCGUCAACGCCGCAUUCGACGGUACCUGCGAAGCGUUCUGCUGCCUCGUUUCGAUCCUUGCGCUUGGGCUCGACUUUCAAGUCGAACUUGACGGCCUCUUUACGGGCCAUCAAGUCUGCCGCGCAGUCGGUUUCGACCUUCGCGACGCCCUCCGUUCAGCCGGAUGACUUUCUCACUCGAUCUCUCUUUACCAUCACUCCGGAAUUGACCGACGACCGUCGUCCUCCGCCCAUGCAAGAUCCUCCAUCUCCAGCGCUACGGCGCUACCUCAACCCAACUCCAAUCUCUGCGGCGGAGAUUGAUGUCUACCGUGACCACCGACACGAACCCCUCGAAUCUUCUCGCGCCUGCGCUGUUUCCAUCCAAAUGCAAACGUACCGACGUAACACAGGCCGCGGACACCGUCGCAGUAACUUCCACGUUGCCGCCUCCCAGGGCCACGACUGCGCCUUUGACCCGGAGAUUCCUCCAAUGCCGCGCCAGCGCGAGCCCCGCGAAAACAGCAAUUUCCUCCGCAUGGUCGUCCUGGAAAUGAACAUGCGGCGCAGCGGGAAGUUGCGCGAGGAUAUCCCCACCCGCGCCCGCGUCUGGCUCCCACCGCGCAAGACCAAUCCCCAUAGUCUGUCGGCGGACUACGGCGACAGCGACAACAACGACUCAGCUGUUCCAUCUCGCUGGGUGGGCGUUUCAGCCUGA